AUGUCUAUCGUUACCAAUUGCAGUGAUUCACAAGAGUCUUGGACAUAUCUAUCCGAAGGCAAUGCAAAUAUCGUAUUGACUUAUAGUGGAAGUAAUCCUUUACUGAGAAACACAGUGCUACGAUUAUCAAAGACGACCAAUACAUUGGACAGCCAUCUGUUUAUCAAAUAUGCAAUAGAGCCACUAUUGACACCCUGGGUCCUAACAUAUACAAAAAUCAAUCUUUCUCCUCUCGUUCUCCAAACAAUUGGUCUGGAAUGUUUUGACAAACGACCAGCCCAUCGAUUGGGAUCAGAAAUCAACCAAUCGAUUCUGUGGGGAUACUCUUCUCCUGACAUGACCCAUUAUUUUGCACCUGCGUCUACCUUGACCAUUGAAAUCAAGCCAAAAUGGGGAUUCAAACCAAACUCUAGUCAUAUUUCAGAACAUCACUCGAUUAAACAGAGGAUGUGCAGAUAUUGUAUGCACUCUAAUCUCAAGAAGCUCGAGACACUCUAUUGUCCUCUCGACAUUUACUCCAAAGACCCCAUUCGUGUGAGGCGGGCAAUCGAAUGUCUGUUGAACACAAAGGGAGACCAACUGCGAUUAUUUCUAGACGGCAAACGACUUGAACUACACCAAUCUACACAGGCCAGCAUCACAAGCCAACUACUCGGGAACUGGUUUGGAGCUAAAGCCAGUGAUGAGAAAGAGAGCUCAGUGAUGACAAUCAUUUCAGAGCUUGUUCAGAAAGUGCUGGAUGAGGAGGUUGUGCUGAACAGAUUAAAGCUAUUACAGAAACACUGCGAUGAAUUGGAUGUAGAGGGGAUCAUCAAGAUCUAUGAAAAGUAUAGCCAGAUGGAUCUUGAACUGGAUCUAGAGGGAUGGAUUGGGGUGACGAGCAAUUUGCUCAAGAGACUUGGAGAUAAAGAUUAUACUGGUGUGGUUGAUGAAAGACAGCGACUGUAUGAAUAUGUGCUCUCGAUGACCCUAAAGGAUUAUAACAGAUAUGUCUACUACCAGUAUGCUGUAAAGUUGAUCGAUCUUGAUCUCAAGGAUAUCAAAAAGAUACCAAAGUGGUUUGAUCUCGACCAAAGGAUCGUAAAGAAUGCAAUCCAACAUGGACUCGACAGUAUCUGUAAUGAAUAG